AAUGCCCGGCUUUCAGUCCAGCUCAGCAUGAACAACGUCUCUCACAGCUCCUCCUCUUCCUCGUCCGUCAACUCCGCCUCCAUUUCCGCCUCCGAUCCGAAUGUGGGCCGGAGCCGGAGUGGCGACGGCAGCCAAACCAUGGCGGCGGAGCCGUCACGGCGGUGGCGUGAUGUGUUCUGGUUGGGGAUAUUUAUGAUUCAUUUGAUUUUAGUGGGAGGUGCUCUGGCGGUUUUGGGUCUCAAUAGGUUUAAGAAAUCGGAUAGGCUGAACUUGGAUCAGUACACAAAGAAUUACUUGGAAAAUCAGAAAGGAUUUACUGAGGAUUAUUGGCCGCUUUAUGCUCUUGCUGGUGGAGUUGGGACUGUUCUUGGUUGGACUUGGUUGUUGUUCCUUGGAUCUCAGGCGAGUCAUAUGAUGAAGAUUGCGGUGCAUAUCUUGACGACUUAUCUUGCUGUGCUCAGUGUUCUGUGUUUUUGGAUGGAGCAGUUCUUCUGGGGAGUUGCAUUUGCGAUCGGCGCUGGGUUGUUGUUCUUGUAUGUGUUGGCAGUCAUAGACAGACUACCCUUUACCAUGCUGGUGCUACAAGCAGCUGUCAAGAUGGUAUGGAGUCUACCUGAAGUUAUGAGAGUAGCAUAUGCAUUCAUGCUUAUUAUGCUUUUAUGGAUGGGAAUAUGGUCCUUUGGGGCUGCUGGUGUUGUGGCUUUAGGCAUUGGAGAUGGUGGACGCUGGUGGCUUCUUGUGGUUCUCUCUGUAAGCUUAUUUUGGACGGGUGCUGUUCUCUGUAAUACUGUACAUGUUAUAGUGUCUGGGAUGGUGUUUCUUGUUCUUUCCCAUGGUGGUCGCGAGGCCUCAUCAAUACCUUCAAAGUCACUAAUGAAGUCUCUUCGGUAUGCAGUCACAACUUCUUUUGGCAGCAUCUGCUACGGUUCACUCUUCACAGCUGCCAUUCGAUCUUUGCGCUGGAAGAUCAGGGGAGUUCGGUCCAAGAUUGGUAACAAUGAGUGUCUACUUUGCUGUGUCGAUUUCCUCUUUCAUCUUGUGGAGACACUUGUGCGAUUCUUUAACAAGUAUGCCUAUGUUCAGAUAGCUGUUUCUGGCAAAAGUUUCAAUCAUUCAGCGAGGGAUGCUUGGGAGUUAUUUCAGUCUACUGGAGUCGAGGCCCUCAUUGCCUAUGAUUGCUCAGGUGCUGUAUUAUUGAUGGGCACACUCUUGGGUGGGCUUAUUACCGGAACUUGCUCAGGCGUCUGGACAUGGGUUAAAUAUAGGGACAGAGUGGCCAUGGUUGGUUCCACUGCAAUGUUGAUGGGAAUGAUCUUGGUGGGGAUAGCAAUGGUGGUUGUGGAAAGUGCUGUUACAUCUAUCUAUAUUUGUUAUGCAGAAGACCCGUUAUUAAUUCAUAGGUGGGAUCCCGAAUUCUUCAACCAGAUGUCGGAGAUGCUUCACCAGCGUCUUCAACACAGGAGUGCCCGGGCAAGGGAAGUGUUAACCCACAAUCGGGUUGAUAACCACCACACUCUCGAAACGCUCCCUUUUUGAAAAAUCACUCAGUCUCAUAAUUGUACAAUGUAAUUAAUAGCUCUAUAGUUCCUCAUCCAAAGCAAAUCCUUUGAGUUUUGUUUCAGGAUCUCUAAUCUUUGUUACACACAGAAGAGCGAAAACUUGAUCAAUAGGCAGCGCUGCAAUUGCGGUCUGAGUUGAGCAAAGAAGUUGGUCAAUCAGGUUCGAAGGUUGCAUAAAUUAGAACAGGCGAGCAACUUCAUUUGUAUAACUUGCUUCUGCAAUGUUGUAUGGCAUUUUCUUCUCUCUUUUAACUUUUUGGGUCCAGGUUGAGCACUUAAAUGUAACACUAAUGAAUUUGUCUAUUGCACAACCACAAUCUGUUAAGCCACACAACCACAAUCUGUUUAGUCAUUAUUGUUUAUGUUACAAUGCUGGGUAAUAUCUUUUGCGUCUGAAAAACUAUCUUCAUGUCAGAAAAAAUUUAAACCCAUCGAAAGUCCAAUUCUUGGUAUUAGUUCCAA